AGCUUGGGAACGGUUGCUAGGGGUGGGUAAUGGGUGAAAAAAGGGGGGCGCCGGGGAGCGGAUAAGGAGGGUUAAGGGAGGGGGCGAGGGUGGGGAGCAAUGCAAAAGGUAAGGCCAGGUUACCGCGGCUCGGCCCCGAGUGGGCUGCGGCCGGGGGAGGGGCGAGAGAUACAUAUGUAUUUCUGUCUCCCUAGCACACCCCCUUCCCUCUAAGCGAUGGCUGAGAGGCGGUGCAUGCAGAUGGGGAGUAAGUUUCCUGAAGGGGAGGGUGGAUGCACGCGCGCGGCCCCGCGCUGCAAAUUUCCACCGGGGAGGGAGAGUGGCUGGAUGCGGAGAGUUUGGAGUUGCUUGCAGCGGAGGGCAGGAAGGGGAGCAGGGCCGGGAAAGGGGGCUGGCGGGCGCUAUAUCUGGGAGUAAGUUUCCAGGAACGGGAGAGCCUGCACGCUUGCUCGCUACUCUGCUCGCCCCUCAUCUCACCCCCCAGGCGAAGACUGGUCUUCUUGUCGGAUUGCCCAUGCACUUGUUGCAGAAACAGCCAAGGCCCUGGCUCUGGAGGAUGCUGAAGGAGGAAGACACAGAAGCAGGACGACUCUGAGAGAUUAAGCCUCUUAAUCGUGAAACAGAACCAGGCCUCCUCUCCCCACCUGCCCAGCAGCAUGAGAGCAGCAUGACUGGCCGGCCACAGGAGAAGCCCCCAGAGCCAGGCCCCCAUCUCAACCAGCUGCUGCAGAAGUCAAGGUGUGAGCAGCAUCUCUUCACCACGGUGGCAUUUGGUCCGUCCCUUAGCCCGGGUGAGGAUGUAAAACCCCUCGCUCUGCACAUGCGUGGUAGAGGCCAACAGGAACACCUGGCUGCAGCCACGGUCACGGACAUGUCAGCCGUGGAGUAGUGUGGACACUUUCUCUCUGCUUCUCAGGGUUUCAGUCCUUUCGGGUUUGUGUCAUUGACCUUUUUGUAUGGUUUUGUGGCUGGACGUUCACAACCAGGGCAGGCACCAUGGGGGACCAGCAGCUAUACAAGACCAAUCAUGUGGCCCACGGUGGUGAGAACCUUUUCUACCAACAGCCACCACUUGGCGUCCAUGGCGGGCUGAACCACAACUAUGGGAAUACAGUGCCCGGGGCUGGAAUGGAUGCCCCUCAGGCAUCACCCAUCUCCCCCCACUUCCCUCAAGACACUCGGGAUGGUCUAGGCUUGGCUGUUGGCUCCAAAAACCUUGGCCAAGUGGAUACCUCGAGGCAGGGAGGGUGGGGAGGCCAUGCAGGGCCUGGAAACCACAUCCAGCUACGUGGCAACCUGACCAACUCGAACAUGAUGUGGGGGGCACCAGCCCAGGCGGAGCCCACUGAUGGCUACCAGUACACCUACUCGCAGGCCAGCGAGAUCCGGACCCAGAAGCUCACCAGCGGUGUCCUGCACAAGCUAGACUCUUUCACCCAGGUGUUUGCCAACCAAAACCUGCGAAUUCAGGUCAACAAUAUGGCCCAGGUGCUGCACACCCAGUCAGCGGUGAUGGACGGAGCGCCCGACAGCGCCCUCCGCCAGUUGCUGUCCCAGAAGCCCAUGGAGGCCCCAGCACCGGCUCUCCCGUCCCGCUACCAGCAGGCAUCCCAGCAGCCUCACCCUGGUUUUACUGGUGGGCUAUCCAAACCGGCUCUCCAGGUUGGGCAGCACCCGAGCCAAGGGCACAUGUAUUAUGACUACCAGCAACCGCUGGCCCAAAUGCCGGUGCAGGGAGGACAGUCGCUGCAGGCCCCCCAGAUGCUAUCCCAGCACAUGCAGCAGCUGCAGCCGCAUCAGUAUUACCCGCCGCAGCAACAGCCACACUCCGGGCAGCAGCGGGUGUCCAUGCAAGAAAUGCAGCCGCCGCCGCAACAGCAGAUUCGCCCGCCACAGCCCCAGCCGCAGCCGCAGCCACGGCAGGGUUCAAUGCAGAUACCUCAGUAUUACCAGUCCCCACCCAUGAUACAGCCUUUGCCAGAGCCGCAGCAGCCCCAGAUGCACCUGCAGCCCCCUUCUUAUCACAGGGACCCCCACCAAUACACCCCGGAGCAGGCGCACGCAGUCCAGCUGAUUCAGCUGGGCUCCAUGCCCCAGUACUACUACCAGGAGCCCCAGCAGCCCUACGGCCACCCCGUGUACCAGCAGAGCCACCUGCCUCAGCACCAGCAGCCUGAGGACAGUCAGCCCAAGACUUAUCCAGGCGACAGGCAGGCCCAGGCCAUGCUGAGCUCCCACGGGGACCUGGGGCCUCCAGAUACAGGAAUGGGAGACACGGCCAGCUCCGACCUGAACCGGGCCAGCAGUGCCCUCCCGCACCGGCCGCUCCUGUCCCCUGGCAGCAUCCACCUCAACAACAUGGGGUCUCAGCACCAGCAGCUGUCUCCCAGUGCCGUGUGGCCCCAGAUGCACCUACCUGAUGGCCGAGCCCAGCCAGGGUCUCCUGAGUCAAGCGGCCAACCCAAAGGAGUGUUUGGGGAGCAGUUUGAUGCCAAGAACAAGCUGACAUGCUCCAUCUGCCUGAAGGAGUUCAAGAGCCUGCCCGCCCUGAAUGGCCACAUGCGGUCCCAUGGGGGGAUGAGGGCCUCCCCCAGCCUCAAACAGGAGGAAGGAGAGAAGGCCCCGGCUCCUCCGCCUCAGCCCCAGCCGCCACUGCCGCCUCCGCCGCCGCCACCUCAGCUCCCUCCCGAGGCGGAAAGCCUCACGCCUAUGGUCAUGCCCGUGUCUGUCCCUGUCAAGCUUCUCCCGCCCAAGCCCAGCUCUCAGGGCUUCGCCAACAGCGUCGCUGCCGCCCCCUCGGCCAGAGACAAGCCAGCCAGCUCGAUGUCGGACGACGAGAUGCCCGUGCUCGUGAGGAUGACCCUCUCUCCCCCACACUCGCCCCACGGGGCUGCCCCCAACCCGCCUGCUGAAAUUCCCAAGAAGCACCAGCCAGGCGCGGCCAAAGCCGAGGAAGCCCUCAGAAGCGCGCCGGCGGAGAAGAAGAAGUUCCGGCACCGGCCCGAGCCGCUCUUCAUCCCGCCACCGCCCUCCUACACGCCCAACCUCGCCGCCUCGCACUCGGGCGCCACCCUCUACCAGAGCCAGCUGCGCUCCCCGCGGGUGCUGGGCGACCACCUGCUCCUGGACCCCGCCCACGAGCUGCCCCCCUACACGCCCCCGCCCAUGCUCAGCCCGGUGCGCCAGGGCUCGGGGCUCUUCAGCAACGUGCUCAUCGCCGGCCACGGCCCCGGCGCCCACCCGCAGCUGCCCCUCACGCCCCUGACGCCCACGCCGCGCGUGCUGCUCUGCCGCUCCAACAGCAUCGAUGGCAGCAACCUGACGGUCACCCCGGGGCCUGGAGAGCAGACCGUUGAUGUCGAACCACGCAUCAACAUUGGCUUGCGAUUCCAAGCGGAGAUCCCAGAACUCCAGGAUGUCUCUGCCCUGGCCCAGGACACACACAGGGCCACACUAGUAUGGAAGCCCUGGCCAGAGCUGGAAAACCAUGAUCUCCAGCAAAGAGUGGAGAAUCUCCUGAAUUUAUGCUGUUCAAGUGCGUUGCCAGGUGGAGGGACCAAUUCUGAAUUUGCUUUGCACUCUCUCUUCGAGGCCAAAGGUGAUGUGAUGGCUGCUCUGGAAAUGCUGCUGUUGCGGAAACCAGUCAGGUUAAAAUGUCAUCCUUUAGCAAAUUACCACUAUGCCGGUUCGGACAAGUGGACCUCCCUAGAAAGAAAACUGUUUAAUAAAGCACUAGCCACUUACAGCAAAGACUUUAUUUUUGUACAGAAGAUGGUGAAGUCCAAGACGGUGGCUCAGUGUGUGGAGUACUAUUACACGUGGAAAAAAAUCAUGAGGUUGGGGAGGAAACACCGGACACGGCUCUCGGAAAUCAUCGACGACUGUGUGACGAGUGAAGAAGAUGAAGAGGUAGAGGAGGAGGAGGAUCCGGAAGAAGACAGGAAAUCCACAAGAGAAGAGGAGAGUGAAUUGCCCAAGUCCCCGGAGCCGCCGCAGGGCCCGGUCCUGGCUCCCGCAGAGGGGCCGCCCCUGCAGGCCCUGGGCCAGCCCUCGGGCUCCUUCAUCUGUGAAAUGCCCAACUGCGGGGCGGUGUUCAGCUCCCGGCAGGCACUGAACGGCCACGCCCGCAUCCACGGUGGCACCAACCAGGUGACCAAAGCUCGGGGCGCUGUUCCCUCUGGGAAGCAGAAGCCUGGCAGUGCCCAGAGCGGGUACUGCUCGGUGAAGAGCUCACCCUCCCACAGCACCACCAGUGGCGAAACAGACCCCACCACCAUCUUCCCCUGCAAAGAGUGCGGCAAAGUCUUCUUCAAGAUCAAAAGCCGAAAUGCACACAUGAAAACUCACAGACAGCAGGAGGAACAGCAGAGGCAGAAAGCGCAAAAGGCGGCAUUUGCAGCCGAAAUGGCAGCCACAAUCGAGAGGACUACGGGGCCGGUGGGGCCGCAGGGGCUGUUGCCCCUGGACCAGCUGAGUCUGAUCAAACCCAUCAAGGACGUGGACCUCCUCGACGACGACGUCGUCCAGCAGUUAGGAGGCGUCAUGGCAGAGGCCGAGGUCGUGGACACCGGUCUCCUCCUGGAUGAUCAGGCCUCAGUUUUGCUUCAGGGUGACACAGAACUCUAAAGGCCCCGCGUGUCGCUUUGAGACAGCGAAAACCCACAGCCUCCAGCCUCCAGCCUCUUUCAUCAGGAAACUGGGACUGCCUGCUUGUUUUAUAAUCAUUUUAAACUACCUGUUUAAAAAGUGGUCUUUUUUUUUUCCAGGUUUAGAAACAAAUCGGUUUUUUUCUUUUCCUUUUAUUUAAAAACAAUUGUUUUUAUGGGUGGUUGGGGGGAAUAAAUAAUUGGCACAAUUCUA